UGAAUCUCCCAGCCCUCUCGCAUGGAGCCGGUGCUGGAAUGGCGGCAGGGCGGCCUGGCAGUGUGCUCCAAGCCAGCGGCUAUGUCGCCGGAGAAGCUGCUGGCCUGGGCCUCCACCCUCGGGGCCGGAUGGGAGCUGCGCAGUUGCUGCAGCUCCAGUGGCGGGUUGGCACUGCUGGCCGAUAAGGCCGUGCCGACUCCAAAGGUGCGUGGCACCUACGCUUUGCUGGUGGUGCCGCAGGAGACCAAAGAGGAUCCCUUCGGCUUCAUGAAGGAUGCAUUGGAGUUCUUUGGGGGGCCCGAAGAGGAGGCCCGCGUGGUGGAGGAGAUCAUGUCAGGCCACUUCGGGGCCUUGGCCUUGGUGGAGCUCGAUGCGGCGGUGGGCUCUGGUGGCAAACUGCCCAAAGAGGCCGUGCUGGCCAUGCAGGAGGCGGGGCUGGCGGUGCUGCGCCUUCCCGGGCGCGGGAAAGCGGAGGCGAAGCGGAGCUCAAAGCCUUCGGAGCCUUCGGAGGACGUGCUGCCAGGCACCUGCGUGCAGCUGGUUUCGUUGCAGGGCGCGGGGGUCCCGCGCUGUCAGCGCCCGAUCAGCGCCAAGUGGCGAAGCUUCCUGGAGGCCGAGCAGAAGCUGGCGGCGCAGCGUCGCCGGCCUGAGGAGGCGUCCUUCUGCGGGCUGAAGCUCCUGGUGCCCUCGGAGCAGCUGCGCCCGCGCAACGCCUCCGUGGCGCUGGUGCAGGCCGCCGUGGAGCUUCUGAAAAGCGGCGGCCGCGUGCUGGACCUCGGCUGCGGCUGCGGGGCGCUGCUGCUCGCCAUCCGUCAAGGAACCGAAGGCUCGGUGUCCGGCACUGGGCUGGACCUGGAUGAAGAGGCGGUCACCUGCUGCCGCGCCAACGCCGCGCGCCUGGGCCUCCAGGUCAACACGGUUCUUGCCGACUUUGCGCAGCUGGAUUCGCCGGAGGUCCGUCCGCAGCUUGAGGCGGAGGGAUACGAUGUCAUCGUCUGCAACCCUCCCUACCGCUCUACGGCACAGCAGGAGGCGUACGAUGCCUCGGUGGGCAGCUUCGGGGGGUACGCGGAGCACAGCAAGACUUUGGUGGCCGGCGAGACGGGCCUUGAGAUGUACCAGGCCAUCUCUUCUUGUCUCGCGCGCGACCUAAUGGCGGCGCAGAAGCGUCUCCUGGCGCCGCCCAAGCCUGUACUCAGCCUGGCAGGCUCGCUGAUCUUUCAGGUGGAGGCUGGCAGCCACGGCAGGCGCGGCGGCAUGGCAGGGAAGGUGGCGGCGGCGGUGCAGGCUGCGUCCCAGGGCAUGCUGUCCUUUCAGCGCAUCAUCGAAGAUGAGAACAAGAUGGAGCGUGGUAUCCUCCUGAAGUGGUCCUUCACCUGAGAGCGCUGACGUCCAACGUUGCCCUUUGGCCACGCGAACGCGUGACGAUUUCCUCGCUGUGGGUCCUGACUGCAAGGCUUGGCGCGCGGCGAGACGUCAGCGCUAAAAGGCCCGAACGAGCAGGCGGAUGGAGCUGUGCAAGGACUUGGAUGUGCGGCGCGCGGAGC